AUGGAUAGUCCACCCAAACUGACUGGCGAGACACUGAUUGUCCAUCACAUUCCCCUGGUGCAUUGCCAGGUCCCUGAUAGACAGUGCUGCUCCAUGAGCAAACGGACCAACCCCUUCUGCCAGCCAGAGCUCAGCAUUACACGGACCUCUGCCCUUCCAGACAGAGAUCUAUCACAAACUGAUUCCUUGGUGUACAGCAGCUUUCUCCAGACCUCUGAAACCUCAACAGAGGCCUCAGACAACAAAGAAGGCAAAGCAAGGGAUUUGAUUGUCCCUAGUGUCAGUAAGCGACACAACCCUUUCCUGCUGAGUGAGGGUGAAGACCUCAGCAUCUUUGGGGAUGACUUGGGUCAAAAAUCUUUCCACCUUCACAACUCACUUGUGGCUGGCAAACCUCCCUUUCAUCUGCAUGAGUUGGCCUUGCCCCCUUUCCACCUCCACGACUCCAAUCACAUUGUGAAAUCCUGGAACAUGGCCAGCCGGUCCGGUGUGGUAGAUGGACAAGAGGACAAAAUGAGCAGUGAUGACGUCCAGAAGAGGAACAACGCGAACCGGUGCCACCAAGCCUCAGAACGCAUGGAGCUGGAUGAAUGCAGCUGCCAUCGUGGCAACUCCUCCAGCUUCUCCUUCGAUGGUGGUGACCAGGAGUGGAACCAGAACACAGGUGAAUUGCUGAGGAAUCAGGAUGCCCUGCACAGCCGGACAUGCAGCUGUUCCAGCUCAGAGCUCCAGCACUGUCGCUGCUACAGUUCAUCAAGUCAGUCUGAAGCAAUUGACCAACAGAUGGGCUACAUCAGUGACUCUUCCUGCAACAGCUCCGAUGGGGUGCUGGUGAACUUCAGUGCUCUCUACAACAAAAUGAAUGGCCAUUCUCAAUCUAACCUGAAUUCGUCCAACCUGUCCUGUGACUCAUCCUUCUGCAGCCACUCAGACACAGGAGCUUUUUACCUGGAUUUGCAUUCAUCACCCACAGAAUCCAAGAUGUCUUGCGAGUCGCAUCACCCAGAGAGUUCGGGGAAGGUGUGUGGGUGUCAACACUCCUCCUCACCUGUCCUUGAUGCUAACUGCAACUCCUACCACCUUCACUGUGAGCCUUGCACUUCAGAGAGCUCAGACCUCACUGCCUGCUUCCAGAGCCAAGCACGGCUGGUUGUGGCUACUCAGAAUUAUUAUAAGUUAGUCACAUGUGACUUGUCUUCCCAGUCAUCUCCCAGCCCGGCAGGAUCUUCCAUAACUAGCUGCUCGGAAGACCAUACCAAAGGUAGCCCAGCCCAGCCCACUGAAUAUUAUCUGUUUAGAAGGCCUGACCUGAGACAAGAAGAAGGCAACGUGGAGCGCAGUGAAGACGAGCCAAAGGGAGAAGCCACCCAGAAUAGGAUUGAGGGUCAGGUCUAUGUGAACGUGUCACCACCUAACCUCAACACAAGCCGGCAGCGGUCCAGGAGCUACGAUCAAAACCUUGACAGGAGUCCCAGCAGCAGGCUGGGCUCCUUGGAGCGCAUGGUGAGCUGUCCAGUCAAGCUUAGUGAAAGUCCAGCAAUACCCAUCCAGAGUUCCCCCCCGAAGCGAGUGACAUCUUUUGCUGAACUGGCUAAAGGCAGGAAAAAGAAUGGCACCUCCCCACCGCUCCGGUCCACUGGUGAUUCCUCCUUGGAGUUCUCCCCUAUCCCUGAGACACAGCGGGAUUGCCCAACCUUCCUUGAAGAAAGAGCUCGCCGCAGCCAGAGUCUUCCACCCAUGCCCUUCGUCCACGGCCUGAACCGGAGCUGUGAGGGGUUCUGUUUAAAUCAUGCUUUUGGGGACAGCCAGGCUUUGUGUUCCACGAAAGACUCAGUCUCCAGUGAGAAGGUCCCCAGUGGCCAUGGGGCAGGUGAGCAAGCCUCUCUCUCCCUGCUGACGGAGGCAGAUGCCAGCUUCUCAGGUGGCUCUGCCAGUGGCCAUGGACAAAGAGGUGUUAGAGCCCGAGCAGACGGUGGUGGCACAGACAACAAGCCUGUGGUACGCUACAGCAAGGACCAGCGUCCCACGACUCUGCCGAUCCAGCCCUUUGUUUUCCAGCACCAUUUCAGCAAGCCAGCCCGGCCCCGCCCCAGCCAUUUUGCCUCCAGCCUUUCCCAACUCUACAACUUGUCCAGCAACCGUCCUGCCAGCCAGCAGAUCUCCAGUUCCCAGUCCUUAGCCUCAGCCACCUCAGCAGAGCAGUCAUCAGCGGCGGGGAGCCAAGCCCACAGCAUGCUCCUGACCCAACGCUCAGCAGAUGGAGCUGCCUCCCACAAUGACGGCUGCAUUAAGAAGCCUGUCCCCGAGACCACCCGGCCGUCCCCCCUGGGGAGUUACUCUCCUGUGCGAUGCAACGUGCCUUUCUUUCAAAGCGUGGACUCUUCUUCCUCACCUACUGCAGAGAAAGCUGGAGAGACCCAGCCCCCCAGGAGCAGGUCCUGCCCCAUCUCCGCCAGUCUGCUUCCCACGAGGUCUUCCCCUGCUGUCAGUGCCAUGCAGACCACCCAAGCCACCAAAGCUGAUGCCCUGAGGCAAAAGGAGAACCCCAAGCCAGUUCCCAAGAAGGAAGCACCGCUGGAGCCAAGCCCACCGCUUUCCGAGUACCGACUCCACAGUGGGUCCCUCCCACCCUUCAUGGUGGGUGGCAUGCCGAUGAGCAGAGUGAGAGGCCAUGCAGAUCCACACUGGAGAAGUGGCAGUGAGUCCAGCAGCUCUGGUUCCCUGAGCAGCAUGGGAAUUAGGCCCCUCAAUGCGAACCACCUCUCUCCCCAAGCGCUGAAGUGGCGGGAGUACAGGCGGAGGAACCCCUUGGGUCUGGACCACGUUUCGGGGCUGCCCGGCUUAGCAGGCAGCCUAGACAGGAGGCAGCAAGAGCCUCGGCUGAACCGGGGGAACCCCAUCUUUGAGCUCCCUGGCACUCUCAACAGCAGCCAUUUCCACUGCAAGCUGAAUGGACAGUCUAUGAGGCAACUCCAGCUUACCUACACUGACUUCUUCCCUGACUACUUCUCACUAGCAGAGAAACCCCCCGCGGAGUUCUGCCUCUCCCCAGAUGGCAACACAGAGUCCAUCUCCAUCGACUUGCUGCAGAAGAAGGGUCUGGUGAAAGCAAUCAACACUGCUGUUGACCUGAUUGUGGCUCACUUUGGAACGAGCAGGGAUCCAGGGGUGAAGGCCAAACUGGGGAACAGUUCCGUGAGCCCCAACGUGGGGCAUCUCAUCCUGAAAUACCUGUGCCCUGCUGUCCGGGACAUUCUGAGUGAUGGGCUCAAGGCUUACCACGUCCUGGACAUGAUCAUUGGCCAGAGGAGGAACAUCCCCUGGAGUGUGGUGGAGGCGUCCACCCAGCUUGGCCCCUCUACCAAGCUGCUGCACAGCCUCUAUAGCAAGAUCAGCCAGUACACGGAGCUCACCAACCACAUCAUGAGAUUCAACGCAUUCAUCUUUGGCCUCCUCAAUAUCCGGUCCUUGGAGUUCUGGUUCAACCACCUCUACAACCAUGAAGAUAUCAUCCUGGCACACUACCAGCCAGUGGGCUUCUUGUGCCUGUCUCACAGCGUGUGCCAGCCUCUUUUCUAA